CAACUCAUUGUGAUUGAACCUUUCCCAGCUCCGAUUGAUCUUCGCUCAUCCAUCCGGCUGAGCACGCACUACAACCCUACUUCGAUUUCCCGAAAGAAAAAAAAAAACCAUCAGAAUGCCCUCCAAAAGCAACAACAACAACAACUACACCGACCCCGAGCUCCGCCAGGAGGUCAAAGAGGAGGUGCAACAGAGCGACAAGGGUGGGAAGCCCGGUCAAUGGUCCGCGCGGAAGGCCCAACUCACCGCCCAAGAAUACAAAUCCCGGGGCGGGGACUACACGACCUCGAAGGACGAGCAGUCGCAAUCCCAGAAGAGCCUGUCGCAGUGGGGCGCGGAGGACUGGGUGACCAAGGAAGGGUCGGGGACGGCCAAGACGGACGCGAACGCGGCAGACGGCGGGGCCCGGAAGCGGUAUCUGCCGCGCAAGGCGUGGGAGGAGAUGAGUGAAGGGGAGAAGGAGGCGACUGAGCGGAAAAAGGUGGAGGAAGGGGAGGGGGAGGGGAGGCAGUUUGUGGGGAAUACGGAGGGGGCGAAGAGGAAGAGGGGGGAGGUUGAGGGGCGGGUGAGGGAGGGGAUGGAGGGGGAGGAUGUGGGGAAAGAUGAGGGAGAUGAGGAGGGGAAGAAGGAUGUGAAGAAAGAUACGAAGGUGAAUGGAGAUACAGAUACACAGGAAGAGGAGCAAAUUAACGGGGAUAAUGAAGACGAGGAACUAGAUGAGGAUGACGGGGAAUAUCAGGAGGAAGAAGGAGAAGACGGCGAAGAUGAGGAAGACGAGGAAGACGAGGAAGAAGAAGUCGAACAACAGGUGGGCGAUGAUGAGGAAGCGGAAGGCGAUGCACCCGACAAAAAGAAGCAAAAGACCAAGUAA